GACGCCAGCGAGAGCAUUUUUGUAAAUUCUAGAAAUUGUCAUUUCCAUACAUUUCAGAAAUUUCUUGGAUUUUUAAAACUUUAUUUAUCAGACUUUAAUACCUUCAUGAAUUACAAGCUCAUGAGCAUUGUGUUUAAGUGGAAUAAAAGUAUUAAUUUAACAUGACUUUACUGUGUUUUAUUCUUAUUACAUGUUGCGGUUUAAGUGUUGUGAAUGGAGAUGAAGUAGCCGAAAAGGCAGUAAGGGAAUAUAGAGAAUUGUGUCCACUAACGACGCUUUGCCCAUCGCGCUCGAAGACGACACCAACUCCAACAACAACAAGAACUAGUGGCAUACAUUUUAAACCGUUGAGACAUAACAUUGCUCCCCCGGAGUGGCCAGGUGGCUCAUACGCUUGUUGUUUGGAUUGUUCAUGUGAUUCCAACUGUGGCCAUGAUUGCUGUCCUAAUGUUCUGGAGGAUUUUAUGAGUCCUGCUGAGGUAGAAGCGACCCGCCAGUGGCAGUGCGUCCACACACAAUAUACAAAGUCGAAAAAUGACUAUAUUAAUAUAGAUAAUUCUUUUAUACUUGUUGGACAAUGUCCAAGCCGGGUCAAGAACCAAGACGUAAAGAAGAAGUGUUUGCAAAAGUACGACGAAUAUGAUUUUGCGGAAGGUCCGCAGUACUUUGUGCCAGUGUCUUCUAGGUUUAGGACGUACAGAAAUAGAUAUUGUGCAGAAUGUCAAGGGGAAACGGAUGGUGAUCUCAUACCAUGGAGUAUGCAUUUGGGAUGUGAAUAUGGCAACGCGUUCUUGAACAGGUUUACGGAUAUCCCAUCCCUUCUUGAUGAGCGGACGGACUGCUAUAUUUUCUUCCAACCACCAGAAGAUUUAACUGCAGGGUUAGUACAUUGCCUUAUAUACACUAACAGAUGCAACGUAACGGGAAGAUGGACGACGUAUGACCCCGAUAUUGAGGCAGCCUGUCUGUCAUACCGUUCUAUUUACUUUAACUACAAUAACGUACAUUGUUACUUGUGUAAUGGUGGAGAUGCAUCAAAUGUCUCUACCUAUUGUUACGAUCGUGGACAAGGUAUAUAUCGUGCUCCAAAGUACUCAUUCAUCUCGUUGCUUGAUUUUAAUGACCUUGAAAAAUCCUUAAAAGCGGAAGGGGUAAUGGUGCCUGAUGAAAACUGUGAUCAUGGCUACAUACAAGAUCCUUCUGAGGGUGGAUGUAGACGUAUCUCUUGUGCCAAAGGACAAAUUCUAGUAAAAGAUGGGACGAAUAUUCGAUGUGAGGUGCCAUUGAAAACUGCAGUUGAUUCGUUUGCAGUUACCUUUCAUUUGAGCUAUGUACUAACUAUGAAGAAAGAUUUCAAUUCAUUUAACCCACCACAUUAUCAUAAACUUCAGACAGUUGCCUUAGAAGACGUUUACACUAAACUUGAGUUUUUGCCGUUUCGAAUUUCAGGUUUUAACCUCUAUAUGUUUACACAAUUAAACACCAGUGUCGAUGAGCUGCUUGGUGUUUUAAAUAAAACUGACGAUGAAGAUAUUUGGCCACACGUUAAACAGACAUAUGUUUCUGUAUCGCUUCAAGUUGAGACAAAUCCAACUAUAAGUGAAGUCGGUGAAAUGCUUCAUGAUAUGGCUCAGGUUUUUACAGCCUCUGAUGAUCUUUACCUCGUAUUCGACAUGCAAUACACAACAGCCCUAGAUUUUGGACAAAUUUCAUACAAUACCAUUAGCCGCAAUCACAUGGAUGUGCUAUCAAUACCCUUAUGGAUUAAGUCUGGGAUUGAAAACUCGUUUGCUGACGAACACGGUAAUGACAUACUAUUGUUCAAGCAAGGUGACAAUUAUGGAUAUCAACAACCUUUUUCUAGUCUUGAAGUAGAAGUCUGGCCGAAUCCAACAUGUCCAAGAAUUAAUCUGCUUUCGGAUGAAACUCAAGAGAAUACUAUUGAAGUGCUGUUAUCCACAUAUAACGAGGAAAACACAUAUGAAAAGCGUGGACUGGUAUGUUAUGAUGAUUUCAUCAAGUAUAAAUUUGGUACUCCAGUGAAACCCAGUUACCCAAGUUCAGACCAGAAUGCCUUAGCAUGGAUAACAGUUAUCAGCAUGAGCUGUUCGAUUAUUUCUCUUGUUGUAACUAUAGCUGUGUACAUGAGUGUGCCAACAAUGCGACAUCUUCCUGGCCUGAACAACAUCGCAUUAUCAGCAUGUCUGAUUCUAUUUUAUGUGUUUGCUAUGAUGAGCUUUGUUAAUUUUGAUAUAUCCUUAAUUGCUUGUCAAGUUCUAGGUGCUGCAUUACAUUUCUCUUUCCUGGCGUCCAUUUUCUGGAUGCUCACAUGUACAUUCCAUUUCACAUUGAUGGUCACAUCUGAUAUAAGCUUUUCAGUAUCUUUAAGUAUCAAGAAACAGUUUCUGAGAUACAUUGUAUUCGUGUUAACAGCGGCGUCUGUUGUAGUCCUCAUUCACAUUUCUAUAAGUUACAUGACAUUAGAUGACAACUCCCUUGGAUAUGGUGGGCAACCGUGUUUCAUAGCAAAACCGUUUCUCAUACUGUAUACAGCUGCUAUUCCAUUAGGGUUUAUUAUUGUUAUGAAUAUUGCGAUGCUAGUAUACGCGUUGUAUACUAUUUCGAAACACUCAAGCGUUAAACCACAUUCAACGCGACGGAACAUUAGUACGUUAAAGAUAUUUGUAAAACUGUCUUCCCUAACCGGAAUUGCUUGGCUGUUUGGAUAUAUAUACCAACUAACUCAUGAAACCGUGGUGGCCUAUCUCUUUGUUAUUUUGACAGCAUGCCAAGGUAUUUUCAUGAUGGUUUCGUUUGUUUUAAACCGCCGGGUUUUUAAGUCAGUGUAUGAAUCAAACUUUUCUUCAACGGAAAUGUCGACACGACCCAUUGCUUGAAGAAUCAGUCUUCUAAAUUUCUAAUAAUUUCUGUACUGCAAAAUAUUUAGUACGUGGUAAAAAAAAACAUGAACUCACUUCAUUGUAACCAAACAAUUUGGGGCGGAUCCAAUAUUUGAUGUUAGAGGAGGCGUUACUUUCAGAAGAAUUUAACAAUUUCUAGCUCGAAAAUGUGCAAUUUUAGCGUAUUUUAUUAUUUCCUACUCCGAUAUUGACAUAAAAAGUAAAUCUUGAAGAUUUGAUAGGGGCGCGAGCCUGGUCCGCCCCCCUCCCCCUGGAUCCGCCAGUGACGAUAUAUACGCCGUUUACCAUGUCAGGUUUCCUUUUAAGCAUGGCCUGAAGCCGUCAGAGUUGCAUCAGGAAUAAACUUAUGGCAUACAGACACAUUGAUUUUUAAAGUCUUUCAAGUAUAUAGCCACACUUAAAGCACGUUUGAAAAGGCUAGAUGAAAGAAAACUGUAUAUAAUUAUACAUCUAGAGGCACUUAUUGCAGUUUUAGCAGAAUUUUGUUUGUUUGUGUUUUUUUUGUAUAUUUUUUAUUUUUUUUAUUUUGCUGGUAUUUAGUGGUAUUUGGAAUUGCAACAUAACAGGAAAAUGUCUUUCGAAUGUUCAAAAUUGAUGUAAACUUUACUGGAAUCCUUACGUCAAAAGCGAUACAUAUUACCACUAAUCGCCAAAAGCAUAUAUGCUUUCAUAACAAGUGAAAUAAGAGCUAAUUUUCUGCUCAAAUGCGCAAUAAUGUAGCAUUUCAAAGAGCAUUAAAAAUAAAUAUACAGCAUAUGAGACUAUUGAUGAGUUUUACAAAGGUCUGUAGAUUUUUAAAUACUUUUGAAUACGUUCCGCGUAUGUUUUAGCAUUGAUACGAUAUGAUAUAUCUCAAAUGAGUGUUUAUUUUGUAUCGAAUUCAUUAAACGAGUUCAUUUAAAAACGAGGCUCUGCCGAUUUACAUUUUCAAAAAAUAUUCAUCGCGAUUAAAAAUUAGCAGUAUUUUAUGCAAUUGAGUAUUUGUUCUUUAAUAGUGUAACCGACAACAUACGUUUGUAUAAAACAAUAGUUGAUUUUUGUUAUGUCGUAUAUCAUUGGUUAAAUGACGUCGAACUUAUCCAAUCGGAGCGCAAUAUUGAAGUAAAAAAUGACGUCAUAACUCCUUGCGUGCCAUACAAAAUGAACGUCAAGUUUAUCUACACAGAGGACUAGGCAAAUGUUAUUAUGGUGGAAUGCCUGGAAACGGUUGCCUCGCCAAACAAGGGGAGUAAUUCUGCGACAUUAUUGUAUUAACACUAUUUAUGUUGUCCGGUUAGCGCAGUGGUUAGCGCACUCGCUUUUCACCAAAGCGACCCGGGUUCGAUUCCCGGCCUGGGCGCAUGUGAGUUUGGUUAGUGGUCACCAAGCCGGACAAUCGGGUUUUCUCCAGGUUCUCCGGUUUCCCCAACAACACAAGACCACACUCUCGCGCAACA